AAUUUGUUUAAAACUUUGGCGGACAAUGUUACAAAAUAUCUAUCAGAACCAAAUAAGAGCGGGAUUUUAAUUCGCAACGGAUCACGCACGUUGAUAAUAAGUCACCCCGAUGAUUCUAGGACUUUUGCAGAUUCUCUGGCCGCGUGUUGCGCCAUUGGAAUGAAAUUAAUCAGUUUACAUCUAGACGUGACUUACCCAAUUUUGGUCGGCGCAUUCUACAAUGCGAGUAUCGCAAGUGGCAAAUUCUGGACUUCAGCCACAGACCAAGGCUGCAAAAAGAACUUCGGAUUCUGUUCGGCCAACAGACUUUUACGGGGCAAUGCCAGGUGGGGAAUGGGUCAACCUGACCUUCUAAUUGAAGAAGGAACUUGUCUGGCCGUAACUGCUCCGGACGGACUUUUGCAUGAUGAAAUUUGCUCCACGAAGAUGAGAUAUGUUUGCGAGGCAAGAGUCCAAGCCCCAUCUUUCUUCAAUGAGAUUGAAAUAGAAUGCGCCCGUGAAUAUAACCUCACGGCAAGUGAAGUGAGGGCUCUUUACAAUACGACUGCGGACGAGCUGCGAGAAAAAUGUUUCAUCAAAUGCUAUGGCGAGGGAACGGGACUGUUUAUAGAUGGUGUACUGGCAGAGGACAAGAUAUUUGCCUUUUUCCAAGACUUCACAACCGACAACUUUCAUAAAUUGCUCGAUAUGUACACAACAUUAGACUACUGUACAAAUGUGACAAAGGGAAUGGAUGUGUGCGACAAAUGUAGCGAGCUACUCACGUGCGGCCAGGAAAAUUCUCCAGACUAUUUUGGAGAAUUAGUGGAGACGAUGGAGAUUUCUAUUGCGGUUUGCAAAUUAUAA